AUGUCCUACAUCCCCUCCCUAACCCUCCCACCCCAAAUCCUCGCCUCCCCAACCCUCUCUAUCCUUCUCCCGCUCGGGCUUGGUUUUACCUCCGGCUAUCUCUCGCAACUCGGCCCUAAAUCCACCACCACUACCAGCACUACGACCAGCACCACCAGCGAUACCCCUCCCUCAUCAAACGCAAAACCAAUAGAAAAACGAUACCUCUCUCUCCGCCAACCACCCUUCCGCCCACCACCCUGGCUCUUCGCCCCCGCCUGGACCGCCCUCUACAUCCUCAUGGGCUACGCGUCGCACCGCGCGUGGACAACGAGGAUGAGCAGUUUCGUGCCGCGCGUCGUCGAAGACACACGCAGAGGAGCAACAUUAUACACGAUCGGGUUGGGGUUGAAUCUGGCGUUUAUGCCAUUGUUCUUUGGGCUGGGAAGGCCGGUGGAGGCGCUCGUGGACGUUGGUCUAUUGACUGCUAGUACUGUGUAUCUGGCGAAGAUCUGGUCGAAGGUUGAUGUGGUGGCGAGUUGGUGUUUGGCGCCGUAUAUUGCGUGGUUGGGGUUUGCGACGUAUUUGACUGCGGGGACGGGGUAUUUGAAUGGGUGGAGCAUGAAGGGGGGGAAGGCGGAGGGUGGGAAGGCGGAGUGA